UGCCCGCCCCUUCCGCCGGGCCCUUCUUACUCCCGCGGCGGGCCGGCCGCGUGCGCUCAGCUCUUCUCCUGUGCCCUAGGUGCCCGCCGCCGCCGCAGUCACCGCCAUGGCCCCCGCCGCCUCAGAACUGAAACUUGGUAAGAAAGUUAAUGAAGGUAAAACGAAAGAAGUGUAUGAGUUGCCGGAUAUCCCGGGAUGCGUCCUGAUGCAGUCCAAGGACCAAAUAACGGCGGGGAAUGCCGCCAGGAAGGACCGGAUGGAGGGGAAGGCUGCCAUCUCCAACACCACCACCAGCUGCGUGUUCCAGCUGCUGCAGGAAGCAGGAAUCAAAACAGCUUUUGUCAGGAAACAGAGUGACACAGCUUUCAUAGCAGCUCACUGUGAAAUGAUCCCAAUUGAAUGGGUCUGCAGAAGAAUUGCUACUGGCUCUUUCCUCAAAAGAAACCCUGGUGUCAAAGAAGGCUAUAAGUUUUACCCGCCUAAAAUUGAGAUGUUUUACAAGGAUGAUGCUAAUAAUGAUCCACAGUGGUCUGAGGAGCAGCUAAUUGAAGCAAAAUUCUCUUUUGCUGGACUUACUAUUGGUAAGACUGAAGUAGAUAUUAUGGCUCGUUCUACUCAAGCUAUUUUUGAGAUCCUGGAAAAAUCAUGGCAGCCCCAAAACUGCACUCUGGUGGACCUGAAGAUUGAAUUUGGUGUUAAUAUUUUGACCAAAGAAAUCGUUCUUGCUGAUGUUAUUGAUAAUGAUUCAUGGAGACUGUGGCCAUCAGGAGACAGAAGCCAACAGAAGGACAAACAGUCCUAUCGAGACCUGAAGGAAGUGACUCCUGAAGCACUGCAGAUGGUUAAGAGAAACUUUGAAUGGGUUGCAGAAAGAGUAGAGUUGCUUCUGAAAACAAAGAGCCAAGGUAGAGUUGUGGUAUUGAUGGGAUCUACUUCUGACCUUGGCCACUGUGAGAAAAUAAAGAAGGCAUGUGCAACCUUUGGAAUUCCUUGUGAGUUAAGAGUAACCUCUGCUCACAAAGGGCCAGAUGAAACUCUGAGGAUCAAAGCAGAAUAUGAAGGAGAUGGAAUCCCAACUGUGUUUGUUGCAGUAGCUGGCAGAAGCAAUGGUUUAGGACCAGUAAUGUCUGGUAACACUGCUUACCCUGUUGUCAACUGUCCUCCCCUCUCAUCUGACUGGGGUGCUCAGGAUGUGUGGUCUUCUCUGAGACUGCCCAGUGGUCUUGGCUGUCCUACUACUUUGUCACCUGAAGGAGCCGCUCAGUUUGCUGCCCAGAUAUUUGGGUUAAAUAACCACUUGGUAUGGGCCAAAUUGCGAUCAAACAUGUUAAAUACAUGGAUCUCCUUGAAACAGGCUGACAAAAAAUUGCGGGAGUGCACCUUGUAAGUCCAACAAGUAAAUCCUACUAGCUACACAAAGAUAAUGGCAUGCAUAUGCAUUUGCAUCAGGAUUUGCAGUUGUACGAUGUGAGAAAUCUUUUCAUACAGAAGGAAGCAUCUUCAGAGCAGCAGAUAAGUCUGCUAUGUCCUCAUCCCUCUCUUGUGUAUGUUUUUUUUUUGUAUAACCACUUAGUAAAAGAUGAGAAUCUAAUAUUUUAGAUAUCUUUCUGUUCCAAAAUAGUGCUGUUCUGCUCUUCAGUGUAUACUACUAACUACUGAUGAUGGUUAUGUCAGCAUAAUGAUUUGGUGUGAUUUAAAUAAAAUCCAUUUUUUUCUGUAAAAGUAACAUUCUUCCAUAGUAAUAAUGUAAUGUCCUCAAGCUUAUUAACUCAAUGGGACUGCUAACUAAAACUAGUGCUGAUACUGUUCUGCUUGUAAUAAUGGUAUGCUUUCUUUUAGCAAUAAAAUGGCAACAUGCUGUAUUAAUAAGAAAAUAAGCUAAGAAUGAGUAAGACCCUGAAAGAAAUAAUUGCCUUAUUUAAAAGAAAACAUAUAUUUUUUCAUGUGUACAUGUGUGUAUGUAUAUACACCCCAUCAAUAACUUUAUUACAUAAUUUGAGAAGUUAACACUUCUCUCAUUUGUGACAAACUCUAAUUUUGAAUGGAACCAUAACUAGGCUUGUUGCCUACUUGCUGUGUAACUCUUGACUAGUCCAGUCUUUGCCCUUCAAAUAUUAGGCAGAUCUACUGUGGAUGUAUGUGAUGCUGUCAAAUUAUCCUCAUACACAUCAACAUAUCUAUAUUUCCUCACUCUGUUUAUAUGGGAGAUAUACUGAACUGAAGGUGGGAACAAAUAGUAAAGCAACAGAAUACCAGGGGCAAGCCUAAGCAUGACUGUCUCGUCUUUGCACACAUUCUUCAAAGUAGGUACUGAUUCCAAGAAACAUGCAAUUACUCAAUGUAUGUACAAUUUAUGCUUUUAUAAUUAAAUAAACUAUUUAAUUCAAA